AUGGCCGCCAAACGCCCGGCCACUGGAUGGUCAACGGCUCCCUCGAUUCGCAUCAACGAGGUCAUCAACGAAAAGAUCUCCACCCUUCCUUCCGGACACGCCAAGGCCCGCUACUUCCGCCUCCCCGACGCCAUCCCUGAACACCGCCGUCCGUCCACGGUGGCCAUCACCGAUGCACUCAACCAGUCCACCUUCCGUAUUGCCUCAGCCUCAUGGUCCAUGACGGGCCGCAACCUCGUCAUCUUCCCUUCCUCUCCUCUGUCCACUGACGAUAUUCACAGGCUUGAUGCCUGCGUAUCUACCAUCCUCUCUGUCUCGGUCACCAGCACGUCGUAUGUAUAUUACUCUUCCCUCUCCAUCUCCCAACUCCCCUCUGUCUGUUACCGAGUCGGCGGGGCCUCUGAGCCUGUCGACCCGGUCGCUUACCUCCUCGCAGCUGCCCAACGCUCCCCGUCUCCAGCCUGGCGCGCCCUUACCAGGGACCUAGUCCUGGCGGCCCGCUGGAACCCCUCCCCCUCGCCCGACAGCGCGACUCUCUAUGUCGACGUUCGGGAAGACUCUCCCGCCUUCGCGCGCCUCCGUGCCCUUCACAACGGCACCCUCGUCUUCGACCUCGGGGCUGGUUCCCGUAUUGCUGUCGCGUGCCCA